UCGAGUCGAUCGCGAAAUCGAUCGCGCGCUACGCUACAUGCGCCCAAGCCACGGCCACGGUUACCUCCAAUAUCAUAACACAGAACGAGGCGAUUGAUUCGAAGUAGCCUAAUUAUAGACGCUAAACUGAAGCAUGGAUGCAACACAAGCAAUCGACUUCUCUGAUGAAGAGAGUGAAGAAGAACAUGAACAUGAACCAGGACAGAAAAAGGCUGUUGCCUUUCUUCAUAUCUUGGCCCAGAAAGAUGUCUCUGCUUCCAAACACCCUAUCUACGAAGGAGAUAACUUCAUCGGUCGUCAUGACAGCAAUUCCAUUCACAUGCCUUACAAGGCACUAUCUAAGCAGCAUGCUUGUAUCGAGGUACAAGGGAAUUCCCAUCUUAUCUAUGACCUGGACAGCAGAAAUAAGACUAGGAGAGGCAAGAUGUUUCUGAAACCAAAUGUUCGUUAUGAGCUGAGGGAGAGUGAUGUCAUCAUCUUUGGUGAUGUGAAGUGUCAGUAUAUCAUCCAAUCAGAAGAGGAUGAUGAUGAGACGGGAUCAGAGACUGAUUCCGAGCUGAUGCUGCAGCCACCAGACUCUGAAGAUAUGGAUGACAAGAACAGCAACGAGGAUGAAAAUGAGAAUGAAACAAGCUUCAAUCUAAACGAUUUCUUGCAUCCCACCCAGCCUUGCAUGCCAUCUCCCAAGCUUGUGUUCAAGACCCCUCGUCGUCUGAAUGAAGGGAAGGUCUUUGCUGCUGACUCAGAUGAGGAAUCGCCAAACAACUCAAAUGCAGGUAGAUUUGGAGAUGAUUCCUUUAUUCCAGAGACCCAGCUUUCAGCCAAGAAGAAAAAUGAUAUCUCAGCAGUGGAAGAAUCUGACUCGGAUACAGACAUCGAUGAGACAGGACCAUUUGAUAUAUUACUUGCUUCUGCCCAAACUCAAGCUGUUAUGGCAACUCAAGCCGUAGACAACAUGGCAACAUUGGCAGUAGACAACAUGGAAACUCAAGCCAUCGACAACAUGGAAACUCAAGCCAUCGACAACAUGGCAACAUUGGCAGUAGACAAUAUGGAAACUCAAGCUGUAGACAAUAUGGCAACACAGGCAGUUGAUGGUAUGCCAACAUUGGCAGUAGAUGGUAUGGAAACUCAAGCUGUAGACAACAUGGAAACUCAAGCCAUCGACAACAUGACAACAUUGGCAGUAGACAAUAUGGAAACUCAAGCUGUAGACAACAUGGCAACAUUGGCAGUAGAUAACAUGGCAACAUUGGCUGUUGAAGAUGGGGAAACUCAGGCCAUCGACAACAUUGAAACACAAGCUAUUGACAACACAGCAACAAUUGCUGUUGACAGUAUGGCAACACAAGCUGUUGAUUACAGUCCAGAUAGUGACUCGUCUGAUACAGAUUUGGAUGAGGUUGGCCAGAGUAUGCUUGAAGCCCCGACCCAAGCUGUGGGACUUGAUGGCUCCAGGAGGCAGGGUACACCUAGGGAAUGGAGCCGCACGUUAGUCCUCGAUUCAUCCACAGCUUCUAGUGAUGGAGAUGACAGUCCGGUCAAACAGGCUAGGAGUAGCAGAAGCAUCUAUGAUGAACCCACGCAAGCAUGUGAUGGUAUAGUCUCAGAUUCAGGCUCAGAGACAGACAUAGAGGACAGAGGAACUGAAGCAGAGACACAAGCUGUCCUAGGAGAUAGUGAAAAUGAAAUAGAUAACAUGGCUACUGUUGCUAUUGGUCAAGAAGAAGAGGAGGAGGAUACCACAGAAGACAAGGAAACCAUGGAAACCAAUUCUAAGAUACCCAUAACAGACACGACUUGGGAUGUAGAGAACAUGGCUACAGUUCCCAUAGAAAUGGAUGAUUAUGAUGACGAUACUGACGUAGAGGACAGUGAUGACAAAGGAGCGAAUAGUGAUACGGUCAAGAUAAAAGAUAUGGCAGAUAUGGCUACCAUUGCCAUAGCAACGGCUAACGAUGAUGAUGAUGAUGAUACUGAUGUGGAGGAGGGGAGCAAAGAUGAAGAAGAGAAAAGUGUGAUAAAUGACACAAAGUUAAAAGAUGGAAAUAGGGACAUCAUAAAAGAAGACAAACCAAUUAUAGCUCCAUCAAAUAGUGAUCAUGAUGAUGACAACACUGAGAUGGAGAAGAAUAAUUCCUCUCAAGAAUAUUUCUUGAACUAUAGGACUGAGCAGAAUCCUGCAGCUGAGGAACCCCCCGGAUCGUGUGAGGUUGAGGCCACUCAGCCUUACGGAGGACCAUCAGAUGAUACAAGUACAGAAGAUGUACUGUCCAGUAACCAUGGCAAUGAUGAUGGCAUUGAUGCUACGCAGCCAUAUGGUGGUAUGAAUGAGGAGGAGACAAUGGAAGAACCUACGUCCGCAACAUCGAUCACAAUGGCAUUAUCCUUCACUCAACCGUAUGGUACUGAAGGAGAAAACAAGCAAUCUGACUCACAUGAUGAUGAUACAGAACCAAUCAUCCCACGUGAAACAGAGGAAGAUAUUGCCAUGGAAACAGGGGACAGUGAAAUAGAAAGUACUCAGGCUUAUGGAAUGCAAAACAGUGAUACACAAGUACCGGACAGUCAGGAUGGUGAUGACCAACCAACUACGUCUUCAAGGUUCCCAGACUUCAAGACCCAGUCACCUUCAAAAUCCUGUCUGAAGCCACCAAAUACACCAGAAAGAAAAGCAACCAAAGCUAGGAGAGUAACGUUUGAGCCUGCAGACAACGAAGAAGAAGGCCAAGAAAGUGAAGGAGAAAGCCAGCCUCUGAGACGCGGCAGUCGCUCUCGAGGCAAUCAGUCUCGAGGUGAAGGACAGUCAUCAUCAAGCGGAUCCAGAGUGUCACGGAGAAAUAAAGAUGAAAAGGUGGACAUUGAAACAAAAGAUGAUGUUACCUCUGGAAGGAGGAGUACUAGAUUUGAAGCUGUGAGUGAUGAAGCAGCAGCCAAACCUGGACGAAAGAGGAAGGUAGGAGCCCUAGAGCCAGUAUCAGCUGAUUCCUCUGCACCAGCAACCAAAGAUAAGAGUGAUGCGAAGAUGAAGAGGGGGGAGAAACAAAGAGGUAGUAAGAUGGAAGAGGACCCUAAUGGAGAUCCAGUGUCUGUUGAUGAAGGGCUUACAAUGACCGAUGCCAAACCAACCAGAAAGAAGGAGUUUGAUGCAGAGAAUCCAAGGCCAUCAGUGAGGCAAGGUUCAAAGGUCAAAGAUGAGAGGAAGCUUUCUGAUGGCAGUAUCUCAUCUGUUGGUUCUGAGGGAAGCAGAGCAGGGAGAGCAUUGAAAACUAUCGUUCAAAUAGGAAAGAAACUUACAAGAAUGAGUAAAAGGGAGAAGAAAAGUAGUGAAGAUAGUGAACCAAAUGCAACUUGUAACCCCGUUUCUGAUUCCGUAGCGACAAGGAGGCCACAAAGAACUGCUGAGGUUGUGGACGAUGGUGAUAGUGAUGAUACAGCAUCAAUAUCAUCUACUGCAUCAAGUGUAAGAGACUUUGCUGAAGUCGAGCCCAGCACAAGACCAACAAGAGGAACCAGGAAUAGGAAAGGGAGUAAGAAGAUCACUGAGGAACAUGCUGGACACGUGACCCCUGGGGCCAGGAGGUCACAAAGAGGAGGAUCAGAAAAGGAAGAAACGACAGAUUUGCAGGAAAGUGAGAAGAAAGCUGGUAGUAGGACAAGAAGAGGAGGAGUUGCUAUUGAAACUGUUGAGACAGAGGUGGAUGGGCAAUCAACACAAAGUAGGAGCAGGGCACGAAAAAGAGAACUAGCUAUAAAAGGAGAUGAGACACCAUCGCAGGAUGAUGACCAGGGAGAGGUGUCUACAAGAAGAAGAAAGAAUGAAAGGAUACACUCUCAGAAUGAUGAGGAGGUUAGUAGUAAGAGGACUAGAAGAGGUACUACGCAAGGGGUAAAACCAGACGUACAAGAAGAGGAACCUAUAGGAAAUAUAAGUACGAAAAGGGGAGAAAUUCCGUCUAAGGUGGUUAAGCCAAGUACAAGAGGCAGAGCAAUAACCCAACAUGCAGGAGGUAAGGAACAAGGUACCCAAGGGGAAACUUCAGUUCAGGCAGACAAGGAAUCACAAGAGACAAGUACACGGAGAAACAGAAGAGCCACAAGCGAAAGCCCAGAAGGGUCUGCUAACGAAACGGGGGAGACCAAUGUACGGCAUAGUGGAAGGAGGAGAACAGUACCUGCAAGAUUUCUUAAUCCAGAUGGUAAAGAUAAAGCUACUGGAAGCCACAGAUCAUCUUUAGAGCAGGAGGCGGAAGACACAAGCAGCUCCAAUGCUGGUGUGUUUGCCGUGCCCAAGGCCUUGGCAAAACCUUCCAGGAAAAUACAACAGAAAGAGCUACCAUCUUCAUCACAGACAGCAGUAGAAGCAGAGACAGUGCAGUUGAGUUCUAGAGGGAGAAGAUCUACUGCUAAGAUCCCUGAAGCAGCUGUAGAGCCUGUGAAAGAAGCCUCGAGAGUGAGCAGGAAAAGAGGCCAUGAGGCCCCUGCUGCUAUGUCAGGAACAUUGUGCGUGGAAGAAUCAAAAGCUGAAGAGAACAAAACCACCUUUAAUCAGAGAAGAGGACGGGCUACAACAAGAACCUCUGCAGCUCCUUCAGACGAUGGGAAAUCAGAAGAUUUGAAAGAAGCUUCUAGAGAUAGCAGCAGAAGAGGGAGAGUGAAACCUGUAGAAGAACCGGUAUCUGAGAAGAGCUCGGUAACUCCUACUACAAGAGGGAGUAGAGCUGCAGUACCAGCCCCAACAGCUAAAACAUCCAAAGAGUUUAAAGAAAGAGGUGACAGAAGUACAGAAGGAGACAAGUGUAAUGAAGUGGUUAAGACCAGAGCAAAGAGAGGUGCCACUGCUACCCCACCGCCGUGCUCGCCAGCCAAGAGACCAAGGCAAGCUACCAUUCCAACCAGCCAGUCAUCCCCCUCCAGUAGCCCAGCAACGAGGUCAGGUCACCAGGCUUAUCAGACGUCCACUCUCAGCCCAGCAACGAGGUCCGGUCACCAGACUGAUCAGACGUCCGCUCUCAGUCCAUCUCUAAGGAGACGUCUGAGUGAUGUUAGGCCAAAGGUCAUGUUUACGGGGGUCAUGGACGGCUCAUGGCAGAAGACUGUAACAACAUUAGGAGGUGAGCUUGUAGACUCCGUUCACGAAUGCACCCAUCUUAUAACUGAUAAAGUGAGGAGAACUGUUAAAUUCCUGUGCUGCAUGGCUCGUGGUAUUAUCAUUAUCACACCGAACUGGCUGGAGGACUCAAAGACUGCAAAGAUGUUUAUUGAUCCUGGUCCAUUCCAGCUGAAAGACAAGGCUUCAGAGAGACAGCAUGGCUUCAAUCUACAGACGUCACUUCAGAAAGCAAGCCAAGCUAGACUGCUGACAGGAUACAAGAUACAUGUGACACCAGGGGUCAAACCAGAACCUCAACAAAUGAAAGACAUUAUCACAUGUGCAGGGGCACAGUAUGUUGCCAAGUUACCUAUCAAGUCUUCCCAGCAGACGGUCGUUGUGUCAUGUGACGGUGACAAAUCACUAUGGGCGGGGCUUAGCAAGGCUGGUAACCUUCUCGUGUCAUCAGAGUUCAUCCUUACAGGCAUCCUGAGGCAAGAUGUCUUACUCAAAGAUUAUAAACUCAAAUAGGUCAGGAUUGUAUGUAAGAAUGAUCCAGUCAUGACCCUUUGUAUACUGUUAGAUGAUCUCAGACAUUCGUUCCUUUGUUUGUUUUACCUGAACGCUACGAAAGCAUGUGUAUGCUUGUUAAGCCUCGGUCACAAAUGCCAUUAUAAACUGCUAUGAACGCCGUACGAUCAAUUUUCAGACAAUGGAAAUUCGGGAAGACAAUGGAAACACAGAGAUUCAUACAAAACUAUCAUUCGUACGAACCUUUGUGACCGCAGCAUAAGUAAGCAACCAGGGGACCGACAUCUUUAAGGCCUCUCAGUAAUGAGGAUUAAUGCCUUACCAAAAGGCUCUAGCAUGUUGACUUGGUAUCAAAUCCGGGGGCCUCCCUGCUAUGAGACCACUGCUCUACCACUGAGCCACUGCACCUGACCUCCUGCAAUUGACAUUGGCUUUGAAGGUAAAUGAUGUGGACCAUUGGAUCUGUGAUGGACAGUGGGAUCAGAUAGCUGUAUGUCUUGUGCAUGCAAGGACUACAUCCGACUUUGCCCCACCCCAACCCGCAUUUCACGAUUCAGAUAUUCAUUGGUACCCGACUCUGUUCAUAAAUUCAACUCACAGGUUAAACGUUAAACUUCUGUGUCGGAAAUUAAUUCAUACUGAAACUAUUAUGAUUUGAAAUACCAAUGACCAAGGCUUAAUUUUGAAACUCAUGAUUUGAAGUACCAAUGACCAUUUUUGUUGCUUCAUUAUCUUUUGCACGUACUUGUUUCUUAUUUCAUCUAUUUCUAUAAACAUGAUGUAUUUAUUUCUUGUAAUUAUGUAUUUUCUUGAAUAUUACUUUAACGCCAGUGGAAACCAAAUUUCUAUGUAACUUGUUUGCAAAGACCAAAUCAAAUAUCUUGUAUCUUGU